AAGCAAACCACUGUCAAUUCUACGAAUAGCGGCACGUUCCGAAAUUUGAAGGAAGAAGAGGAAGAAGGUGAAGAUUAGCGGCGUCGCAUGGUACAAGGAACAGUCCUUUCCGGUCUUCAGGAGCCAUCCUGCACCACAUGAGCCUCUGGGAGCAAGGGCCUAGUAUACGGUGGUUUCGUCAUGCGUCACGGCCAGUUCUCAGCCCUGCUUUUGUGCGCGCUCUCCCGCGCCGCAUUUCUGGACUCGGCGUACUCUCUGGACAACAAAGCGACCGCUGGAUUAGUUCUCUUCCCGACCUUCGCGGGCCUCGAAGAGGCCCACGACGUCCAGGAGCAGGGCCUCGAGGUCCGCGACGUCGCCGACGACGUCCAGGAGCGGGCCGACUUCGGCGGGGGCAACAAAUCCGGCCGCAUCGAGCGCGGUCCCUACGCCGUCACGUUCGAUCCGCCGCGCCGAAUCAGCGUCAAGGAAAAGCGCGAGGUCGUCGUCCAAGUGUCCUUCGCCAUGACGGGUGAUCGGGUGGUCGCGGUGAGCAGCGCCGACCCCAGUGUAGCCACGGUGGACCUCUCGAAGGUGAACCUGCACUCGGAUACCAACGGCAGCGCCUUCAACGUGACGGUUCGCGGGGUCUUCAUCGGCUACACCAAGCUCCACUUCAGGGUAUGCGAGCUGCGAGGCGACGCCGAGACCAACUGCGUCGAACUGAGCUACGUGGUCGCCGUGCUACGCGCGAGAACGGUGCUGCAGAAGACCUUCCCCGUGGUGGUCGGCCUGAUGCUGUUUCUCAACUACAUCAGCAUGGGCUGCCAGGUCGACAUGGGCGCCAUACUGCAGUGCCUAAAACAGCCGUUGGCGUCGACCAUAGGCUGCCUCUGCCAGUUCAUCUUCAUGCCCCUGGCGUCCUACUCCAUCGGACUGCUGAUCCUGAAAGAUUCCCUCCAGCGGUUCGGCAUCUUCUUGCUGGGCUGCUCGCCAGGGGGCAGCGCAAGCAACCUCUGGACGCUUGUGUUCAACGGCGACCUCAACCUUAGCAUCACCAUGACGUUUAUCAGCACCAUUGCCAGCGUUUUCAUGAUGCCCCUGUGGGUGUUCCUCCUGGGAAACGAGAUCUCCCAAGACGAGACCAAGGUGUUGACCAUCCCCUACGGCAACCUCGUCACCAGCCUGGCGAUUCUAGCAGUGCCACUUUCCAUCGGCCUACUUAUCCAGCAGUUCAGACCCAAGUUGGCUUUGACGUUGGUGGAGUACUCAAAGCUCGUCACCAUCUGUGUUCUCGUCAUCCUCCUGAUCCUGACAGCCACUGUCCAGAGGUACAUCUUCCAGCUGAUAACGUGGCAGGCCGUGCUGUGCGGCGCGCUGAUAUCCUGGAGCGCGUACGGCGCCGGCACGCUGGGCGCCCUGGCGGGGCGCCUCAACCGGGCGCAGAUCAUCGCGCUGGCCAUCGAGGUCGCCUUCCAGAACAGCGCCAUCGUCAUCGUCAUCAUGUACACGUCACUUCCACGACCGGACUCGGACCUGGUCAUCGUGCCUGUCGUCUACCAGACGAUACUGCAGGGAGUCCCGCUCUACGCGAUUCUCGCGGCGCAGAGGAUCCGGAUGGCUUGCGUCUCCUGCUGCGGGCCUCUGUCCGUGAGUGGGAAGUCACUCGCCGAAGCGGGCUCCUCCAAGCCGGAAGCGGGGGCGCUCGCCGCUUCCGGUUCACAGGCCGGGGACGCGGAGGACGCCUCGUGCGCGCCUCACAAGGAAGUUGCGAAGCUUGGCUCGGUCAUCGAGAGCGCCUCCAGCCGCGCGCACACUGGAACGACAGCUUAACCGAGUUGCUAUGCAGAGAGGACUACUGUGGACUGCAUGUCGAAUGUUAGUAUUUUUAUCGACGAUAAGCGAUAACUUUCGGCGUGUGCGUGCGUUGUAAAGGCGAGUGGUUAUCACUGCGACAUUUACGUGUAACACGUGCACGUCUCCACCAUCUUGUCCAUUUUGCGCUUCAGUAUGAUAACGUCAGUUAGCCGUCACAGUUAUUCGUCAUUUGGUUUCUUUUGUUGAAAAUACUGGAGAUACUUCUCGUUCACGGAUCGUUCAGCACGCAUGGGAAUGAUGGUUAUUACAUGAAUUUAUCCGAUCUUCAACAUCGUGGCUUCAAAACUUCUUGUGGCUUUACCUUUUGCAUAUUAUACACCUGUAUAGGCCUAAAUUUUGAAGCAACCCUAUUAAAAAAAUGCGAGCCAAUAAGAUCCUGCGCACUUCAGAAAUCAGCGCGAAUUAUUGCGUUUAUGAGGCAAACUUUUGUAGAAGUUGAUCAGUCCGCAAAGUCACAAAGCGGCACGCUUUAUUCGACAAGGACGACGUUUAUUAGAACGCAUGUACUAACCAUCACGUUCGUGCUCGCAGACGGCAGCUCCAGGGUUAUAUAGUAACGCUUGUGAAAUAAACCAUUGUUUCGGGUAGUGCGACCCUCUGCGAUGCAUAUGGACACCUUGCGACGAAGCUUUCCAGAGUUGACAGCAGCGAGAGAACACGCGUCUUACAGCGAGGUGGAAGCGAAAUCGUGAAGUGCACGAUGCGCAGUGCCGUCCACUGUUAAAUGAAACACGCGACUGGAGAGCGCGUGGAAUUGUUUUCUCUCUGCCAAGCGCGCAAUCGUCUGGCUUUGCAGGCGACGGCUCGUGAUUGGUGACGGUGGCGCCUUGCUACGCGCACAUGGAUUGCAUUGGUGUAUUGACGUAGCUUCCAGACACACUUCCCAACUACUUUUACUGUACAUGAAAUUAUAAACGAAACAGGCGAACAAGAAUUUCAAAACUCACUAGGCAUAAACGUUGACAAUUUCACAACGCUCUUAGAAUUUUAUCUUCAUUCGACAGCCAUCAAUCGUGACGAGAAAUUUUUGUAUCCAACACACCGGUAUUUGUAUCGGUUCAUCCAUCGCACCCGUGCUUAGCGAUAUAUUUUGAUAUAGCACUGAAAAACGCAUUUACGAUGCUUUAGUUGAUCUCCCCAGUUACGCUCAUUUAUUGCUAUACGUCGACGACUACCUGGUUCUUUUAAAGCAGCGACCUGGUUAUUGCUUUGACGAAGUGAAAAAUAUUCUGAGAAUUUUCAGUACCCACGGUGGGGGACUUAAGUUCGUCUUUGAACUGCCGAAUAAAAUUAACAUUAAAUUCUUCGAUAUUAUUCUUUCAUUUGCUUCAAACCACCAUGCUUGCUGAGCUUACCAACCUAGGUCUAAGCAAGGCAUGCUUCCCUAUGACAGCGCUCAUUCAAAACUCGGGAAAAGGGGGUCACAGAAGAGGGUCACAGAAGAACACAGUUUUUUCCUCUCUUCUAUAUAAAGAAUGCUGUAUAAAAUGCUGUAUGUAUGGAAUGCUGUAUAAAAGCUUGUUGAUCUUUCAAUAACAUUUCCAGUUGGCAGUACAGCGCUUCCCCCUGUUGUGUGUCGUGUUUUCGAUUGUCGUCCCAUUCGCGCUGCUUCAACUUUUAUUCCAACAACUGCGCCAGCAGGGUGAGAGGCAUGCAUCAUAGGUGUUCCCUUUAAACGGUGGACUGCGCUGUUCACUCACGUUGACAACUCUUUGAUCGCAUAUAUCGCGAGGCAAAAGUGUUCGAGAUCUGCAAACCUCGAAGUAUACGCAUGCUCCACGUGUCUGCCAUCGUUGGGGAUCAAGAUCAGAAGCGCUAACAUUUCGCGAGCUUGAACUCGGCAAAGCUCGGCGUGCAAUUAGUGCUGCAGACCAGAGAUCAAGCAAGCGGGGCAAUAGUUUGGAAUGUGCGAUUUUAUUCGCACCCCUAGCGGUUGGUGUCGGCGACACUGGGGCGGUUAUUGAAGUCCUCAUUGCGUACCUGUGGUCGGACGCAAGGUACAUGUAUUAGAAACGCGCCGGCUCUUCUUUGGUUAAGUGGGUAGGCAUGAAAUUCUCAACGGACCCCCAAAGUGACCGAGCAGCAACUCUGUAACAGCACUGUUUUUCUGCAGACAAACUACUACUCAGUUUUACGCACUAAGAUUUUUUUCAGGCUAGUCUAGAGUCAUACGAAGCAAACCCAAUGUUAGCACAGGCGAGUUGUAAUGAUCAUCAAACGGAAACAUCACCAUCAAUCGGUUAUAGUGCGAUCGGAAUCGGAGUGUUGCUCCUGCCGACUAACGCGCUCUCAGCAGAGUACUUUUCCUUCCCAAAGAGAUUCCGGUAACUCAGAAAAUCAUUCGACUUCCAGUGUCUAAAGGCGGAUUAGCCAUGCCAAAUGUGGCCCUAACCGCCAGAGUUUUAGCUGCUAAAAUGGCCACCACGUUGACUAAUACAUGUGACCAUGUCGGAAGACUGGUCUUACGUUACUGGUCAAGUACCUUCGAUCGCUUCAUAACCACAGAAAAAUGGGUAGGUCCCCGAGCGGAAGUCCCACUACAGCUCUAUAAGGAUGUUGUGUACACCAAGUGGGCCAUCGAAGAGUCGUUACCAAACGCAGCACUUACGGAAAUAAAACCAGGAGACGCGAGUGAGGGACUGGUAAUCCAUGAAUCGAAACCGGAAAAGACGAAGAAAAGCGCAAGAAGAAAUUGGAAGCUGUGGGACGAAACACGGCUUCCCAGAGAAAUUAGAUAUUUUGAAUGGAGAAGAAGGUGGGGCAUCCUGCCAACUAAAAUGCGCUUGGAAACAUUCCAUAUCACAGCUACACGUAGAUGCCCCAACUGCCAGGAUCCAGAAUCGCAAAGACAUGGUCUGAAAGAAUGUAUUUCAGCCAUAGUUGCGUGGAACGUGUCCUCUGGAAACUUCAAAUCAAAACUGCGAAAACCGAACAAAAGGAAGAAAGCUCUUCGAAAAAUUACUACCAAUAGGGAUUACGUACAGCCUUUGGAAAGGAAGUGGAAUAGUGGAAUUGCAAAGAAAACCACAAAGAUCAGUCUACCCGGUUUUAAAGCCUGCACGUGUCUUGAUGAGUGAAAUUCUUACCGGCGAAUUGGCAGCAAAUGGAGUCGACCACUUCUUAAUGGAGUGGCAUAUUAGUUUCUGUACAAUUAAAAAUGACAACAUUAAUACACCGAUCAUCUAUUAUUAGACGGUGUGUCAUAUAUUUACUAUGGCCCCUAAGAAGGGGUAUCCAUAAUAAUGCUCACGAAUUACGGCUGUGACUUGUGUAACAAAAUCCUUCACGUAGAAAUUGUAUAAUGAUGUAAUGAUGUAAUAUACUUCACACAAUCAA